UCAACUGAUUAAGUAAAUGUUUGAUUGUUUUUUUUUCCAGGCUAAAUAGAUGUAAAAAGUGAUGAAUUUCACGGAAACAGAGGAAGACAUAAUUUCUCGUAUGACAAAUGAAGCUAUUCUACAGAGAAUUCCUUGCAUUAUUUACAUUGGAGUCCUAAGUUUUAUUGGAAUUAUUGGUAACAUUCACGUGUUGAUACUAUUCUCUCGCGCUGACAGGAAACCUUCCACGUAUACUGUAUUUGUUAUAGCUCUGUCAAUCGUGGAUUUGGUUGCAUGUGUAGUGCACAUGCCAAUGGAAAUAUUAGAUUUGACAAAACCGUAUACAUUUUAUAACGAAGUUGGUUGCAGAUUGUUCAGAUUUAAUAAUGCGUUUCUCUUGAUGUCAUCGAUAUCUAUACUUGUUUGUAUUGCUUUAGAAAGGUACCGACGAGUUUGUAACCCUAUGAAAACCCAAAUGACCGUAUUGACAUCAAAAAGGCUUUGUGUCUUAGCCAUGUGCUUGUCUCUUAUUAUUACACUUCCAAUGUUUUUUCUUAAUGGACACCACGUUGUCAGUCUAGAAGGAAAUGGCGCCAACGCCACUGGAUAUAUGUGUUUCAUUAACGAUGACUUUCAUGGAACCUUGUUUUUAUAUUCAUACUUAGGAUUUAUGAUCAUCGUGUUCAUUAUAUGUUCGACAAUUUUAAUUUGUGCAAAUUUUUCAAUAUCAAAAGUUGUAUUUAGUCGUCACGCAAAUAUUAGAGAAAGCCGGAAGUUGUCCGAAGACAUGCGUCAAAAUAUUUCUACUAUAGCGAGGCUAGACUCUGUUCAGUCAAACAUUUCAAACAGUAGUAAACAUGUGGAGUUGUACCGAAAUUUAUCAGCAGGAACAAUGAAAACUUUGAGAUUAUCAACUUUAAAAACAACUCGGUCGCUUAUCGUUAUAACAGGAAUUUUCAUAAUAGUUUUUGCUCCAUAUUUAGUGCUGAGCUGUGUCAUAAGUUUGGACAUAGAGUUUAAAUCAGGACUAAGUUACUUAGAAUUAACUGUGUAUCAGAUUGGAAUAAGACUUCUUCUUAUCAAUAACGUUUCAAAUCCAUUUGUAUAUGGGUUCACAGAUGACCGCUUCAAAAACGGAAUCCAAUCAUUUUAUUGUCGUCGAAAACAAAACAAAUAA